AAAGAUAUACGCAACCAGUAUCAUACUUAUGUUAUGUCAAGCUGGACAUACUGAUAUAUUGGUAGAACUGAAAUACAGCUGGGCUCUUGACAGAAGACUGACAAAAAGUUUAUUUUGGACAAAGAAUUGUCAAAUAAACCAAAACGUAAUUAAAAGGGAAUAGUUAUCUUUAUAGUAUCUGAUAGAUAGUGGUUAAAAUACAAUGUUAACCCUUGAAGUUAUACCAGAACGUUGCUUAGGCUGCAUUGACCAAUGGGAAUUUAUAUUAGGGAUGCAUUUUUCACAAGCUGUUGCCAUAGUCCAAUCUCAACUUGGUAUUAUUAAAGGUGUUCAAGUUUUGUAUAGUGAGAAAAAGCCUCUAGAAGCUGAUUUAGUUAUAAAUUUACCUCAUGAUGGAAUAAGAUUGUUUUUUGAUCCCAUAACCCAAAGGCUCAAAAUCAUUGAAAUUUACUCAAUGAAAUCUGUAAAAUUGAAAUACUGUGGACUAGAUUUUAAUUCGCCCGAAAUUUUACCUAGUGUAGAACAAAUUGAACAUUCAUUUGGUGCAACCCAUCCAGGUGUUUAUGAUUCUGAAAAAAAAAUGUUUAUGUUAAAUUUUAGAGGUCUAUCAUUUUACUUUCCUGUCGAGUCAGAAUUCCAAACCGGUAGUUCACACAAUUUGGGUUCGUUACAAUUUCAGGCAGGUAAUUCCCCUAUAGUAUCACGUCUUGCUAUUUAUAGUGGUUUUUGGGAUGAUCAAUUUCCUACGCCUGAAUUACCAUUGACGUGUUAUCACGGACAAAUAUAUUUAAAAAAAGCCAUAGUACUCAGAGGAAGAUCGUAUACUAGGGGACUCAAAUUACAUUUAAUGGCAUCGGAAAUUCUUCCUUGGUCACAAAAAGCAUCGUCUACUCGAUUAUCCGAUGCUGUAAGUCAAGAAUUCGAAAGAGAAAUUUUACUAGGUCAAUCCACACAAGAAAUAUCGACUGCUUUGGGUGCACCAUCGAAAGUAUUUUAUAAAAGCGAGGACAAAAUGAAGAUACACAGCCCGAAUCCCGAUCGUAAAAUAACUGCCAUUAGGAGUGAUUAUUUUUUCAAUUAUUUCACCUUAGGAAUGGAUAUUCUGUUUGAUGCAAACACUAAUACAGCCAAAAAAAUAGUGUUGCAUACGAAUUAUCCGGGUCACUAUAAUUUCAAUAUGUAUAUGCGUUGUGAGUUUAAUCUCACGUUAAAUGAUAUUGAUAUUGAUGCGUAUACCCAUUGGGAUGAUAUUUGUAAGAAAUUAACACCAAGCGAUAGACCUGUCGUUUUAAAUAGGGCAAGUUCCACCAAUACUACAAAUCCUUUUGGAAGCACGUUAUGUUACGGAUAUCAAGAUAUUAUUUUUGAGGUAAUGCCGAAUCACUACAUAGCUUCACUGACUUUAUAUGGUGACGGUAUUCCAUAUGAAAAAGAAAAUAGCCAAGCGUGACAGAGGCUCUCUGCCACUUACCUCGUCCUCACUAACAGGUACUGGCAUUCCAACCCCAUAUACGAUUGUGUUUUAAAAGCUUAGUUAUCUCAUUAAAAUAAUUCUUCUUAUCAUAUACUUACGAAAAAUAUAAUUUGUAUGGUAUGUCACGUAUCAUAAAAGAUCAUGUGUUCCAAUAUUAUCCAUAACUGUCAGGAUAAGUACAUGGGAAGAUUUCUUUCAAAUAUAUAUCACACUACACAUUAAUUGAUCCAUUUACCGUCAAGGGAAGAAAAAAAAUUAAAGUAACACAUAUUCAUAUUUAAAAAGAAAAAAAGAAAA